AGCUGAGCAGAGACAGACAAAGAGAGAAGUUGGCAAAGAGGCGUGUGCCCUGGGUAGGAACCUACAGCAUGUGGGCGACUCUGGGCCCCUUGUCCCGCUGCCCUGCCACCUGCCACAGCCUGGGUCCCGCUUCCCCUGCCAGGAUGCUGCUCCCUCUGCUGCUCCUCCCCUGGGCAUGGGGGGCCCGGGCUGCCUCCCCUUCUCUCCCCUCAGCACCUCUCACCCUCCGGCUGCUCCAGAUCAAUGUCUUCCACAACGCCAGCUCCGCGGACAUGGAGGGGAUGGCCCUGCUGGGCGACCUGGAGACCCACUCCAUGGACUGCAGCACCUGCAAGAUCCGCUUCCGGCAGCCCUGGGCCCAGCAGGGCCUGAAACCGAAGCAGUGGCAGGACCUGGAGCUGCUGCUCCAUCGCUACCUGUCAGACUUCAUCCGUCUGGUGAACAAAGUGGUUAAGGAUCAAAGAGAGGGCUACCCCUUCGUUACCCAGGUCUUCUUCAGCUGCGAGCUGCACCCCAACGGCACCUUGAGGAGAGUCUGUGAUGCUGCGGUGGACGGCGAGGACUUCAUCAGCUUCGACAUGGACACAGGCAAAUGGGUCACUCGGCAGGGGGACAAGCUGGGGAUCUACGUCGAGUAUCUUGUCAACCAGGAUAAGAGCCUGUCCACCCUGUUCCCAUUUCUUGAGAGAACAAUGUGUGUCUAUGGGCUCAAUACCUUUGCCCAGUAUGGGAAAGAGUCUCUGGAGAGGCAAGAGCGGCCGGUCGCCGUGGUGUUUGCCCGAGCGCCUCCCCCAGCCGGGACCCCCGCGUCGUUACUGCUGGUUUGCCGGGUCACCGGUUUCUACCCCCGGCCCAUCCGCGUGGCCUGGCUGCAGGACGGGGAGGAGGUGGGGCCGGGCGGGCGGCUGAGCUCCAGCGGGAUCCUGCCCAACGCGGACCUGACCUACCAGCUGCGCAGCUCCCUGGCCGUGGAGCCGGGCGACGGGCACAGCUACGCCUGCCGGGUGGAGCACAGCAGCCUGGGGGGCCAGAGCCUGCUGAUCCCCUGGGGGCACAGCAGGGGCUGGGGCCCCGGCCUGGCCGUGGGCAUCACCCUGGGGGCUCUGGCCGUAGCCGCCGUGGCCGUGGUGCUGUGGAGGAGCAGACGCAGGGGCUACCAGGACGUUAGACCAGGGGAGUCCAGGGCCUGAGGGCGGCACCGGCCCAGGAGUGGGGAUUGGCCCCUCUCCUGGGGACAUGGACCUUGGGGCUGGAUCCGUGCCCAGCUCCAGAGCUGAGGGCCCCGAGGGCUGAUCUGGUUUGGCGUGCUGAGGGAUCGGGGCCCGGGCUGUGGGGUUGGGAUUUUCCUUCCUCUGUCAUGUUCAGGGCACGUUGGACAUUUGGGAGCUGUCACAGAACGGGAAUUUUCUGAAACAUUUUGGGUAACUGCUGUGUUUGCCACCGUUAGCCCUACGUGCUGCAUGGUUAACUAGGCGGCAGGGAAGGUGGUUCUCUCUGCAGAGACCAGGGACCCGGGUGUGACAGACGCCAGCUGUGGGGCCUGUUAGUUGGCCGCACCAUAGCGCAGACAGCCCUUGGUUAGCACAGAGAGCAGAGCUGCAGCCUGGUCAGCCCCAAGCCCACAGUCCUUUGACUCCUCCUUCGUCCCAGCUCAGGAGAGAGCCCCAGCUUCCAGCCCCCGCCCCCCACACACAACCUGGCCCCUCCUCAGCCCUUUGUUCCCCCGCUGGGCACACCCAGAUGGCAGGGCAGCGCUCCCUUUGGGUGCACAAGUCUCUCUCAGUGCCCUUGCAGUAGUAGGAUUUUAUGGUUGUACUUUGUAUAAUUUAGAAUGAAGGAUAAAGAAGAAUAAUGUAGCAUGUAUUAAAUGUGUUGAUGUAGGAUUUCACCAUAUCCUGCCAGCCACCCUUUCUGAAAGCAGGAAGGAAUGGCCCAGUGGGCCAUUGGUAGAGAUGCAUCGGCCAGAAUCUUGUGUCUGAAGCUGAUUUCAAGGCGGUGACAGACCUUUCGGGUCACCACUUCAUUGUAGGUUUAGCAUUUUGAAAGAAGUAACAGAAUGGAAUGAUUGUUUUCUCCUGCAUUGCAACUUGAUGUUCCUGUUCAAAUGCUCCGUGUAAAUCAAUCCUGUUUUGUGUGUGAAUGAGGAAUGUGUGUGUUAGAAGAUAAGUGGAUAAAGGACAAGAUAAAGGAUGAGAAAAACAAUUUAAGAAAACAAGCACUCGUCAAACAACAACUGAUUACAGCAUGACUGUGCAGAACUCCUUGGUCCCAAUGAAGGAAGAUCACUAUCUAACAGGCUGCCUUGCCAUGAGACUUUGGGUUCGUCCUGCCAAGACUUUCCGGGAGCAUCGUGUCAUGACCGAUGGAACCCGGCUCCUCCCUACCCAUAAUCAACCUAGCUGGCCACUAGAUUGAUCCGGACUCUGGACCGGUAACUGGCAGGACAGCGUGUGUGUGAUUGAAUGCAUAUGCUAAUUGUUGUAUCUCUAAUAAACGAGGCAUAUUGCCUUUU